AUGAUGAAAAUAAAUAAACCGUUAUUAACGAACGAAUUCUUAUUGAGCACCGUACAAUUCACGUCGUUGAAUUCGAUUGUUUUUAAAAAUAUCGAACCUUCGUCGAGAGAUUGGAUAGGAAUUUUUCCUCGCGGUUGGUGUAACCUUCAACAGUAUAUUAAUUUCGAAUGGGUAUCCCAAUCGUAUCCCGUAGAAAAUCCCAAUCCCGAUCAGAACAAUAAAGAAAAUGGGGAUCUCGUAAAAAGGAUCGUUCAUUUUUGUCCAAAAUAUCUCGCGACAGUCAGCAAAAAUUCUUUUUAUCAAUUCGUUUAUAUAAGUAAACAAAUAGAGGUAUUGGGAGUGAGCAGUUAUUUUCGUUUCGACGUGCAACAUUCCAAUUGUCGUUCUUUGGAAUUGGAAUGUUUGGUUCCCGCGUCGAAACUACGAUCCACGUCCGUGUCGGAUUUUGGAAUAUUCUUAGGGAAUAACAAACCGUCAUCGACAUCUUUGGACGCGCGAACCGUUCAAACCUCUUCGAUUCACAGUUUUCAAAAUUUGGACCUAGAAAAUAAUAAAAAUUGGGCGAAACCACCAAUUUCUUCUCUAAUAAACCCUGGAGAUUUAAAAAAAACAACAAUUUUCCAAAGAAAGGUUACAGGCAAUGGUGAUGCUCUCGAUCCGUAUACAUCUCAUUCCGAGCCCGUAUUUCCCAUGUCUUUCCAGAUGACCAAUUGUAAGAAAUGUCAUCACAAUGUCAAAAGAGGCGGAGAAUUUCUACGAUCGCAACAAAUGUUACAGUCAAAGGUAGGUGGUCUUCAAGUGGAGAGAAUGUCGGAGUUUGCCAGCCAAAAACGGAUUCUUUGUCACGAUAUGUCCGACUACAAGUUGAAAAUCGUCAUGGAAAGAAAUAAAGUUUUGGAAGAGAGAACGCAAGAAAUGAAAAAAGAAAUGGAAAAAUUACAAGCGGAAUCGAAAAAAUUAAAAAUGUCUUUUUACAAUGCGAACAAGGAAAAGAGCGCCUACGAAAAAUUCGUUAAAGAUUUUAUUAAAUCUUUGGAAAAAGAUUCCAUCGUGAGAGUCGUCAACGGAAAUACGGAGAUUUUAGUUAAAAAAGUCAACUACGUCGGAAUGGAAGAACAUCCGCGUGGUAAGAAAACAUCGAAAAGAGAAAGAGAAUUGAAAGCCGUCAUCGGACUCCAGGAAAUAACGAUUCGAAAUUUGAUAAACAGUUUGCAGGAAAAAGCCAAAUCCGUCGACGAUUUGAAUCAAACCGUCAAGUUGGCACAAGCCUUUUCCUGCACGAGAAACGAUGGUCGGGAAUACGGGAGCGAUGCGGAGGACGUCGACGGUUUGGACGAGGGUAGUAGUAAUUCGGACGUGGCAAGCGAAUAUGAAUUUUCCCUUUCUAAACCGCAGCCUCCGGAAGAAUCGUCAUCCGUGGACGACACGGAUACCGUACUCGACGACAUACGACGCACAUCCGAACUGGAACUCAAAGACAUCGGAAUAAAUCGUUCGUUUGGUAAAAGUCCGUCACGUGAUUCGAAAUUAGAAUUACCAAGUUUAAGCGUUCACAGUUUUAGGAGUCAAAACGAAGGUACGAGCCCGAAAAAACCGAGACUCUUCGACAAAAUGGAAGAUUGUUGGUCUCUUUUGGAAAACAACAACACUCCCAAAACCGUUCAUCGGAAAAUAAUCGAAACAUCUGGAAAAUUGGAAAAUUUAGACAAUUCGACCGAAUCGAAUCAAUUCGGUAAUCAGGACAAAAUAGAAGAAAGCAUAGUACCCGUCGAACCUGAUGACAAUGAUGAUGAUGAUGAAGUCAUAGGGAAUGAUGAUGAUGAUGAUGAUGAUGAUCGUGCGGACAAAAGUAUGGAUAACGAGAAAACUAUUAAUCCGGAAGAUUUGGGAAAUAACGAAGAUUAUUACGAUGCGUACGAAGACAACGGGGAAUCUCCCGAAACGAAACCGGAAAAAUCUCAAGAAGUGGCCAUUUUUAAAAAUUCAUACCAAGAAGAUAAACGAGAAAAAAAUAAUUUUCUCGUGACGGCAAUCAUUCCGCAAGACAUGAAAAUAAAACCUUUUAAAAACGGAGACGAAUGGAUGACCAUGAAUCAGGAUCAAGUCGUCGCGGAAAAAAAACCGGAAACGGUUGGAAAGGGAAAAAAAUUCACGUGUCAAUUGUCGAUAGAUUUCACGCCCAAGACUUCGCAGGAAAAAUCAUCGAUGAUGAUGGCGACUAACGAUACCCUGGCUAUCGAAAAUAAAAAAGGUGAACACGUGGGUGACAGUGCCAACAGGUUCGAUGUUAUCGCUUCAGAUUCGAAACAAGGCGAUAAUUCCGUUGUGACGUAUAAGAAAAACAACAAAUCCCUGGAAAUUAAAAUAACGCAAACGGAUUCGAAAGACAAUUCGAAUAAUAAUAAAAAUUUUCUACAACAGAAAAUGAUUUUGGAAUUUGGGAAAAACGAAAAAUCGACGGGAUCGAAUUCCGCGGGUAAAUCCCCGAAAUUCGAAUUCAAUUUGGCGUUGACGAAUUUGGGGGUCGGUAAAAAAACGAACGUCGAUUCGAAUUCGGAAAAAGAAAAUUUAGAAUUGAAUUUACCGGAGGAAAGAAACAACGAAGCGUUGGCAUCUUCGAGAACGGAAUGGAACGACGCGACGGACGAAUUACCCGAAGAGGAAAAAUCGUACACGGAUGAAAGUCCUCGGUAUAAAGUCGACAUACCGCCCUCGGAACCCGGAAACGAUCUUGACGAAAAACGAAGCAUUUUCGGAAGCGGCGGAAGCGACGAUUAUAAGGACGAAAACGAUUCGAACGAACCUGCGACGGAAUUGAAAACCUACGAAGAUUCACUCAGGUACGAGAAAAAUUUAGAAUUUCUCCAGAGGAAAACGACGAAAAAAAUAAAAGGAGAAGAUGGAGAUGAAAAUGGUGAAAACGAAAACGAAAACGUCAACGAUGGCGACGGCGACGGCGACGACAACAACAACAACGAUGACGGUUACGAUGAUGAUGACGUCACAAAAGAUAAACCCUCGGCUAUUUUAAUACAAAACGGCCAAACUAAAUUGGCAUUAAUUAGAUAUAAGUGA